AAUAAUAAUAAUAAUAAUAAUAAUAAUAAUAAUAAUAAUAAUAAUAAUAAUAAUAAUAAUAAUAAUAAUAAUAAUAAUAAUAAUAAUAAUAAUAAUAAUAAUAAUAAUAAUAAUAAUAAUAAUAAUAACAAUAAUAAUAAUAAUAAUAAUAAUAAUAAUAAUAAUAAUAAUAAUAAUAAUAAUAAUAAUAAUAAUAAUAAUAAUAAUAAUAAUAAUAAUAAUAAUAAUAAUAAUAAUAAUAAUAAUAAUAAUAAUAAUAAUAAUAAUAAUAAUAAUAAUAAUAAUAAUAAUAAUAAUAAUAAUAAUAAUAAUAAUAAUAAUAAUAAUAAUAAUAAUAAUAAUAAUAAUAAUAAUAAUAAUAAUAAUAAUAAUAAUAAUAAUAAUAAUAAUAAUAAUAAUAAUAAUAAUAAUAAUAAUAAUAAUAAUAAUAAUAAUAAUAAUAAUAAUAAUAAUAAUAAUAAUAAUAAUAAUAAUAAUAAUAAUAAUAAUAAUAAUAAUAAUAAUAAUAAUAAUAAUAAUAAUAAUAAUAAUAAUAAUAAUAAUAAUAAUAAUAAUAAUAAUAAUAAUAAUAAUAAUAAUAAUAAUAAUAAUAAUAAUAAUAAUAAUAAUAAUAAUAAUAAUAAUAAUAAUAAUAAUAAUAAUAAUAAUAAUAAUAAUAAUAAUAAUAAUAAUAAUAAUAAUAAUAAUAAUAAUAAUAAUAAUAAUAAUAAUAAUAAUAAUAAUAAUAAUAAUAAUAAUAAUAAUAAUAAUAAUAAUAAUAAUAAUAAUAAUAAUAAUAAUAAUAAUAAUAAUAAUAAUAAUAAUAAUAAUAAUAAUAAUAAUAAUAAUAAUAAUAAUAAUAAUAAUAAUAAUAAUAAUAAUAAUAAUAAUAAUAAUAAUAAUAAUAAU